UCGUACCCUUAACAGAAAAAAGGGCGGGAGUGAGAGAACAACAACAGUCCCACACACACAACUCUCUCCCUCACUCACUCAACCGACUUUACUCAGCGAUUCAACUAGCCGCACCAUGUCCGUCGGGGCCCGCCGCCUCACAGUCCUCGGCGAGUUCAAGCCAUUCGGCUUAAUCGCCGAAGCCGUCGACGGAAAGCCCUCCGACGACGCCGUCGGCAAGUACGAUUACUUCCUCUUCGAUCCUGAAAUCGCCAGGCAAGGGGACGAAGCCGAAGACCACUCCGACGCCUCCUCCUCCUCCUCCACCGGCCGGAGCGAUCACGAGCUCUUCAUCAGAGGGAAUCGUAUAAUAUGGACUACAGGUUCACGAGUGUACAAGAGAUUCACUUUACCUUCCACAGUCAUCAUGGCGUGCUGGUCUCGUAUGGGCAGUAUGUCUGAAGCUUGUCUAUGUGUCCUGCAAAUUGACAGUUUAGCGGUCUUUGACGUAUCAGGUGAAGUUAUGUCAGUUCCUCUUUCCCGUACCGUCACAUCAAUAUGGCCUCUUCCAUUUGGUUUAUUACUCCAACAGGCCGCGGAAUGCAGCUCACAAACAUAUGCUCCUUUUUCAUCUUCAAGCCCUUUACUAAAUGCACGUGAUAUCUUUUGCCCAAAAAGAGAAGUUGGUUACAGUCCUCGGCAUAAUUUGGCUAUGGCUUGUGCAUCUGAUCAUGCUACAAUGGGAUAUGGAGCUCCAGUCUCCUCACAUAUGAUUUUGAAAGAUCCGCUGGAAGAACCCCAGUCAACAUAUGUCGAGGAAAGGGGAAAGUUGAAUGUGAUGAAGGAAUUUGAUGAGAGAACGAUCUGGACUAGUGAUCUUGUUCCUCUAAUGGCGUCAUAUAACAAAGGAAAGAUGCAGCACUCUUUGUGGGUUGCGGAAGCCAUUGGCUCUAACGUUGAAGUUGCAAAUUCUAAGUUAUCUGAUGUAGUUCCUGCUGGAGUGUUACCAAAGCAAUUCUCUUUCCGAAAGAUAUGGCAGGGGAAAGGUGCACAAACAGCUGCUAGCAAGGUCUUUCUGGCGACCGACGAUGACGCAGCUCCUAUCAUUUGUUUUCUUCUCCGAGAACAAAAAAAGUUGUUAUCGUUAAGGCUUCAAACUGUGGAAAUUAACAACGAGAUUCUCUUUGAUAUUAAACCAGAGAUGAGCUGGAGCAUACCUGCAAUUGCUGCUGAACCUGUCAUCGUAACUCGUCCUAGUGUUAAGGUGGGGUUGUUGCCAUUUGGAGACAUCAUUGUUCUUGCUUCAGAAAACACCCUUCUUCUUUAUUCUGGGAGGCAGUGCUUGUGUAGGUAUAUGCUACCUUCUUCUUUAGGCAAAGGUCAGGUUUCAGAUAAUUUGAUGCCUUCAGAGACAGUGCCUAUUCUUCAUGAUUUAAAGAUUAUUGGGUUGGCGGAUGCUGUUGACGGGCGAAUCAAUGUAAUAGUAAAUAAUGGGCAGAUUUUUCGAUGCGCACUACAAAGAAGCCCGUCAUCCUCCUUGGUCAAUGAUUGCAUAACUGCCAUGUCUGCGGGACUUAGUUCUAGCUUUUACAAUCAUUUUCUUGCUCUUCUUUGGGGUGAUGGUGAUUCAGCUUAUUUGUCUAAGACAGAUGCUAGUAUUGAUUCGGAGUGGGAGUCCUACAGUAGUAGUAUCAUGAGAAUGUGUUCGAAAUCUAGAUUCACGCCGCAAAAAGUUUCAGAUUCUAUUUAUGGCUCUUCUUGGGACUUCCUUAUCAACAGCAAGUUCCACAAGAACUAUGGCAAAACUAAUGUUCUUGCUGGAAUUUUGACCAGAGUGUCAGUUGACCUUCAAGAAUCAGAUUCCCCUGGAUCAUAUGUACAUGGUGCACAAACCUCAGAAAGUUCAUUCUACUCGGACCUUCUGAUGGAAACUUUGGAUGCUCUUCAUGCGGUAUAUGAAAGUCUGAAGCUAAACAGUCUUCGUAAACAAGAUUUGGAACUUUUGGUGGUCCUAUUAUGUAAUAUUGCUGAUUUUCUGGGUGAGGAAAGUUAUUUAGAUCAUUACGUCCGUGAUUUUCCUGGUCUUUCCAAAAAGUUCGGGAUGCGGAUGUCAUUUUCUGAGAAAAUUCCUCCCAGUUUAUUCAGAUGGCUUGAAAACUGUUUGCGACAUGGAUAUAAUUCUUCUGAUAGCAGUGAUCUUCCACCUUUGCUUCGUAAAGAUGAAGGUUCGGUUUUGAGCUGGGCCCGGAAGAUAAUUGCGUUUUAUAGUCUUCUGUGUGGUGCAAAACACUCGGGGAAGAAUCUUCCAUCCGGUGUUUGCUGCAACAUUGCCACCGGAUCAUCUUGUAAUUUUGAGGAGCUGACAGUCUUGGCGAUGGUUGGGGAAAGAUUUGGAUUGCAACAACUUGACUUGCUGCCUUCUGGUGCAUCACUUCCUUUGCGACAUGCAUUGGAUAAAUGCCGGGAAUCUCCUCCCACUGACUGGCCUGCUGCAGCAUAUAUUCUUCUUAGUCGAGAAGAU